UAUGACUCCAAAACAAUGACGUUCACUCGAAGCGGAACCAUUGUCACACGAGGAAAAGGGGGGCAGACGGGAUGCACUGAGGUGGAACACAGGAAACACCCAUUGGAUUUCGAGUCUCCUCAUCUUUCACUUGGUUUAAAUCGUAGCUUCGUAAUUAAACUCGUAAUUAAACCGCUCCAGUGGAUCUAAUCAGAACGAGACAACAGCGAUGCUCAUUAAAGUGAAGACGCUCACGGGGAAGGAGAUCGAGAUCGACAUAGAGCCCACAGACAAGGUGGAGCGGAUCAAAGAGAGGGUGGAGGAGAAGGAAGGGAUUCCCCCCCAACAGCAGAGGCUGAUCUACAGCGGGAAACAGAUGAACGAUGAGAAAACAGCGGCAGACUAUAAGAUCCAGGGAGGCUCCGUUCUCCAUUUGGUCCUUGCGCUGCGAGGAGGACAGGUGCUCCACUCUCCCAGAAGCCUCCACACCAAGCCUGCAUUGUAGCCAUCACCACAAUGAACCCUGCCUUAGCUUUUGCAAUGCCUACAGUGAGAGGAUACACUGAAGACACAAAGCCGGGGGAGAGAGAGUCACCUGGUGGCACUGGGGGCAACACAGUGCCAGUAUAUGAGGUUCUGUUUGUGGUAGCCCCAUUCCCUUCAGUCAGAAAUGUGUUGGCUGCAAUUGUUUCACUCACUGUUCUAGCGAGACACUCUCGGAAAUACAACUUCAAAAUGAAACAAGCUGUGGAGUAGAUUCACAACCAAGAGUAUAUUUGGCUGCUAUGGAAAAACUUGUGGCUUUGUUUUAUUUCUACAGUAGAGUUGAGGCACUCAGUUUUAAGUUUGAAUCCGCACUAAAUCGCAAAAAUUCAUAGAUGUCAGUCCCCAAAUGUAUCUGCUUUUUUUUAUUCCCUGGGAAAUUAGUGAAAAGAUAAAAAAUGCCUUAUCUUAUAAAUAUUGUGGAACAUCUGUAGAAAAGUAUUCAGUGGUUUUUGUGUAGCCCUGCUGACUCACAAGCUAACAACCAACGGACAGAGGUGAAAACACAACAGUAGCAUAAAGGUGCUGCAGGGAAACCCCCACUUGUGUCACAGUCUUCAGAGCGUGACACGAACAAAGGUUUACUUGUUCUACUUUAUCAAUUAUUUAUUCUAUUUUCUACAAAUUGCCCAAACACAUGUAGUGUAAUAAUCUAAAGCUCCUGUAUCAAAAGUAAUUUUCUCCUAUGAACCAACCAUGUAGCUCUUUUAGAUCGGGGAAGGCUGGUGACGUUAUGUUUAAAAAGAAUAGUUUAACGUGUUGGGGAAAUACAAAAACAUAAAGUUGA